CACUCUUUGUACACUCACAAUCACACGCAUUUUCUUCCAGAUCCAACGCAGCGACCUCCACACACACCAGCCUCCCCUGUCGUGCGCCACUGCUUCCUCUGCUCCACAUCCUGUCCUGCAGCGGCCGUGUUCUGCUGUUCGCCUCCAGUAGGACCGAAGCAUCAAGGUUGUUCCAGAGGUGGUGACGGUUGAGAAAGCUUGCUCCUACUCCUACUCAUGGAGGGUGGUCACGGGUGCCAUGGGUAGCCUGAUCCCCAAGCUGGGCGAGCUGCUCGUGGAUGAAUACAACCUGCACAAGCGCGUCAGGAAAGAUGUUGAGUUCCUCCAAAAGGAGCUUGCGAGCAUGCACGCUGCGCUUAUCAAGGUUGGCGAGGUGCCAAGGGACCAGCUCGACAGGCAAGUCAAGGUCUGGGCCGACGAGGUCAGAGAGCUCUCCUACAACAUGGAGGAUGUCGUCGACAAGUUCCUCGUACGCGUCGAAGGUAUUCAGCAGCCUCACGAUAACACUGGCAGAUUCAAGGAGCUCAAGAGCAAGAUGUUAGGCUUGUUCAAGAUAGGCAAGAAUCACCAUCGGAUAGCUGACGCCAUCAAGGAAAUCAAGGUGCAACUCCAGGAGGUGGCAGCUAGGCGUGACAGGAACAAGCUCGAUGGUGUUGCUUCUAAUCCUACGGAAGCAGUUGCAAUUGAUCCUCGUCUCCGUGCUCUGUACGCAGAAGCGACAGAGCUUGUUGGCAUCUAUGGAAAGAGGGAUCAGGAUCUCAUGAGGCUGCUCUCCUUGGAGACCGACGACGAUGCAUCUAACAAAAGACUGAAAAAGGUCUCUAUCGUUGGAUUUGGUGGGUUGGGCAAGACCACUCUUGCCAGAGCAGUAUACCACAAGAUUAAAGGUGAUUUUGAUUGUUGGGCAUUUGUCCCCGUAGGUCGAAACCCUGACAUCAAGAAGGUUUUUAGAGAUGUCCUCAUUGAUCUCGGCAAAUCUCACUCAGAUCUUGUGAUACUGGAUGCAAAUCAGCUUAUUAAAAAGCUUCAUGAAUUCCUAGAGAACAAGAGGUACCUCGUCAUAAUUGAUGAUGUAUGGGAUGAAAAAUUGUGGAGCUACAUCAACCUUGCUUUCUCUAACAGUAACAAUCUAGGCAGUCGGCUAAUCACCACAACCCGCAAUUUCGAUGUCUCCAAAUCAUGUUGGUCUUCGGCUGAUGAUUCAAUUUAUCAUAUGAAACCUCUUUCGACAGAUGACUCCAGCAGGCUCUUCUAUAAAAGAGUAUUUGCCGAUGAGAAUGGAUGUCCAAAUGAAUUUGAACAAGUGUCUAAAGAUAUUUUGAAGAAAUGUGGUGGCGUACCACUAGCCAUCAUUACAAUAGCUAGUGCUUUGGCUAGUGGCCAGGAGGUGAAACCAAAGACUGAAUGGGAUAUUCUGCUCCAAUCUCUUGCCUCUGGACUAACAGAAGAUAACAGUUUAGAGGAGAUGCGGAGAAUACUAUCUUUUAGCUAUUACGAUCUACCUUAUCAUCUGAGAACCUGUCUAUUGUACCUAUGUAUAUAUCCAGAAGAUAGCGAGAUUGAUAGAGAUAGACUGAUAUGGAAGUGGGUGGCCGAAGGAUUUGUCCACCAUGGAAAUCAAGGGACUAGCCUGUUUUUGCUCGGAUUAAAUUACUUCAACCAGCUCAUUAAUAGAAGUAUGAUCCAGCCAAUAUAUGAUCAUCUAGGCCAGGUACAUGCUUGCCGUGUACAUGAUAUUGUUCUGGACCUUAUCUGCUACUUGUCACAUGAAGCCAAGUUUGUUAAUCUAUUGGAUGGCACCGGGAAUAGCAUGUCUUCACAAAGUAAUGUUCGUCGUUUGUCCCUUCAGAAUAGAAAUGAAGAUCAUCAAGAGAAGCCUCUCAUAGAUAUCCUGAGUACAUCUCGAGUGAGAUCCAUGACUAUCUUUCCACCUGCUGUCAUUAUCAUGCCGUCUCUUUCAAAAUUUGAAGUUUUAUGUGUACUUGAUUUGUCUAAAUGUAAUAUUGGGGAAAGUAGCAUCCUGCAGCUUAACCUAAAGGACGUUGGACAUUUAAUUCACCUAAGGUACCUAGGUUUAGCAGAUACCAAUAUUACGGAAGUCCCGGCUGAGAUAGGAAACCUGCGGUUUUUGGAGGUGUUAGAUCUUGGAGACAAUUAUCAGCUAGAUGAAUUGCCGUCCACCAUUUGUAAUCUGAGAAGAUUAAUCUACCUAAAUGUUUCACCCAGUAAGGUGGUUCCAACUCCUGGUGUGUUGCAGAAUCUGGCUUCCAUUGAAGUUUUGAGGGGGAUCUUGGUCCCUCUGAACAUUAUUGCGCAAGAGCUUGGCAACCUGGCAAGGCUGAGGGAGCUUGAGAUUUGCUACAAGGAUGGUAGUAUGGAUUUUUAUGAAGGUUUUGUGAAGUCUCUAUGCAAUCUACAUCACAUCGAAAGCCUAUGUAUUGAUUCCAAUCCCAGAGAAACAUCUUUGGAACUGAUGGAUCUCUUGGGAGAACGCUGGGUGCCUCCUGUACAUCUCCGCAAAUUUGUGUCAUACAUGCCCACGCAACUCUCUGCACUGCGAGGGUGGAUAAAGAGAGACCUCUCGCAUCUCUCGAACCUCUCUGAGUUAAUACUCGUUCUAGUGAAGGAAGUGCAACAGGAGGACAUGGAAAUCAUUGGGGGGUUGUUGUCCCUUCGCCGUCUCUGGAUAGAGAGCACCCACCAAACACAACGGGUGCUAGUCAUCGGUGCAGAUGGGUUCCGCUGUAUGGUAUCCUUUGCUUUGGAUUGUGGAUCAAUGGCGCAAAUAGUGUUUGAACCAGGAGCUUUGCUGAGGGCGGAAUCAGUUGUGUUCACUCUCGGCGUUCAGGUGGCAAAAGAGGAUGGUAACUCUUGUUUCGACUUGGGCCUGCAGGGGAACCUGCUCUCCCUAUGGCGGAGGGUCACGGUUUUUUUUUAUUGUGGUGGAGCGAAGGUUGGGGAGGCCAGGGCAGCCCAGGCUGCGGUGAGGCACGCGCUCACCACCCAUCCGAACCAUCCGGAGAUUAUAUUUUUUGCAAAUCCGCGUAUAGCAGAAGGAGCUAAUGAUGACGAUUUGUGUGAGGACGAGAUGGAUGAUAAAAGUUUGUAUCAGUGCCUGGUGGAGAAUUGAUUUUCUGAUGCAGAGUAUCUUACAUUGCGUCAGAUGUGCCCUGAGUCUCAGGUAGCAGGGGCGCGGGGUUACUGCUGGUGGCAUCGGAGAUGCAUGUUUCGCAAACGUUUUUGGUGGUCACCGGCCGUGCGAAGAAUUGAAGAUGGAAAAGUUUCAAGCUUCGCUGGAAGUUGUGUGAUGUGGUUCUUUUAAAUGGCAGCCGCUUGCAGAAAGAGAUAUUGCUUAGUUUUGUAAUGAAUAAGUAAGAGUGUUGUAGUGAAUUGAUCCUUACAAGGAUAGCUUGCUUUGCUUCAGUUGAGGGCCAUCGUUGCUGCUCUGUUCUGCUCUGUUUUUAGUUUCUAAGCUGAACCGGACAACCUUAAGGUAUAUUAUCA